AUGCCUAGGAGUGUCGACGUCGCCGAUGCUGCUGGUCAGCAAACAUUCCCUGAUACAACGAUCGGAAUUGCACCCUCAGCUGUGAAUCCGCCUUCAACAGUGCCGCCUGGGAAUCUUUCUGCGUCUAAUCAGGGCCUCGAGGCUAACUCUCAGCUCAUGCAAUACAACGACUGGGUAGGUGGUCAGAAUCAGUUCCAGGACAUGCAUUCUCUCCACCCGUCGUACAUGUUCAAUGCACACGAGGUGACCAACGAGUACAAUCUGCUCGGAGAUUUCCUCAGUAACAGUCUCCUGGAUGACGGGGCAAUGUUCCAAAAUCAAGACAUGCAGGGAAUCUACACUGAUUCCUCGUUGAUGAACUCGAUGAAUGCCCGAGAAACGUACUACAUGACCGCCGCCGACCCGGCAGGAACUGACCCACCAGAGGAGAGGAUGAACAAGCUUCUCAAGGCGAAAUAUGACGCCGGAUUGCUGAAACCUUUCAACUACGUUAAGGGGUAUGCACGAUUGAACCAGUACAUGGAAAAGAACAUGCAACAGAUAUCCCGGCAAAAGAUUCUGCGGCAGCUCGACAAGUUCCGGCCCAAGUUCCGAGAACGCAUGCAGAGCUUGACUGAUAUCGAACUGAUUCUGGUAGAGAUGUGGUUCGAGCGAAGCCUUAUGGAGUACGAUCGUGUAUUUGCCAGCAUGGCUAUCCCGGCCUGCUGCUGGCGUCGAACGGGCGAAAUCUUCCGAGGGAACAAUGAGAUGGCACAGCUGAUUGAUGUCCCGGUUGAGGGUCUGCGAGAUGGCAAACUUGCUAUCCACGAGAUCAUCGUCGAAGACCAGCUGGUCAGCUAUUGGGAAAAGUUCGGCGCUAUCGCCUUCGACAAUACCCAAAAGGCCAUGCUCACCAGUUGCACGUUGAAGAGCCCUAAUCCCAAAUCAACAGGUGAUGGUAUUACUUGCUGCUUUUCGUUUACGAUCAGACGAGACAAUCACAACAUCCCGUCUCUGAUCGUUGGGAACUUCCUCCCCAUCGAUAAAUAG